AUGCAGCCAGUUGCAGCCCAAUUACCGAAGGUCCAAAGAGCUUCUUUCUCUGUGGAGGAUAUUUUGGAUCCGUCUAAGUUUAACAGGACUUUUAUCUCUGCUGGGGAGGAAUCAGACACAGAAAAUCGUGAUCUGAAUGAUGGAGAUGGAAAGACGGAGGAGUCGGUGCGUAACAGGCAGAGGGGGAAGUCCUCACCGCCCCAGGGGGAGAAGAGCCGUCGGAUCCGCACCGCCUUCACUCUGGAGCAGCUGCAGGUUCUGGAGCGCAGCUUCCAGAGGAGCCACUACCUGUCGGUGCUGGAGCGGCACACCAUCGCCGCGGCCCUCCGCCUGUCCGAGACUCAGGUCAAGAUCUGGUUCCAGAACAGGCGCACCAAGUGGAAGAAGGAGCAGCUGACCGUGCAGCGAGCUUUUACACCGGCGCUCCCGCCCCUGUCCUCCGCCUGCAGGCCCCUGUGCGGGCCCCUGUACGGCCUGCAAGGCCCUCCGCUCCGGCUGCUUCCCACUGUGCCUCUCAUGCCCUACAGAUGCUGCUAUACCUGA